GACGGAAGCAGGUGGGGUCCGUGCAACGACAUGCCAACUUUCGGUGGUAGUUGUCGCUCUUACCAGCACCAUGUAAGCCACCUUACAGACCUCUCGAUGUUGUUGAUUUGCUGCCAAUACCGGGGAAAUAUCUUCCAUAGUGUUUGGUCACUCAUUCAUGCACCUGGAUAGAUUGUGAUUCCGUUUUUUUUUUUUCUUCUUCUUCUUUCCCGGCGGUGGUGAGUGCCGACUUACUCAAUAGCCCGCGGCAUUCUCGACCAGACAAGCAGCAGGGGGUCAUGGCGUCGAAGCGACCAUGGAGUUUGAGUUUCAUUGAGAACCCGUUUAUCAAGAAGCGAAAUUUGAAAUGGUCGCUCGAUGUUCCGGGGUCCAAGACUGAGGAUGAUGGAGAAGGAGAGGAGAGUAGUGCAGAUGAUGGGUUGGAGGUACGGGAUGCUGCGGCUGACGACGGGCCACGUCAGGAUGUGGUCGUGAUACCGGAUUCACCACCUCACGACGAUCCUGAACACGCUCCCGAAGCCGACGGCAAGAUCAAGCCCGGGACUAUUUCGAACUUCUCGGCGGCGCUAGAAUCCGGCGCCGCAAGGCAACCCGACCCGGCGGCGCACUUCUUCGCCCACCUGGCGCGGCAUACCCUCAACCCUUACCCGUCCCGUACGCCACACCUCCCCGCCGACGGCGACUUGCGGUCCCUCUUCCUCGCGCACGUGGGGUCGAGGCGGGGCGCGCACUUUGUGGUGCACCAGCACGACCACCCGAUCGCGGGGGCGCACUACGACCUCCGGCUGCAGGUGAACGCGACGAGCAGCGUGAGCUGGGCGGUGAUGUACGGGUUGCCCGGGGACGCGAACUCGAGGAGGUUGAACCGGAAUGCGACGGAGACGAGGGUGCAUUGUCUUUGGAAUCAUGUUGUUGAGGUUGGGAGUGGGAGCACGGGGAGUUUGGUGGUUUGGGAUUGUGGGUGGUACGAGGUUUUGGGGAGAAGGAGGGAAGGGCCGGAGGUUGAUCCUGAUUCUGAGGGGGAUGAUGGUGGAGAUGGGGAGGACGAUGAUAAGGAUGGGGGGAUGACGGAGCAGGAGAAGUUGGCGAGGGCGUUUGGGGAGAGGAAGAUUCGGGUGAGGUUGCAUGGGAGUCGGCUUCCCGAGAGGUAUGUGUUGAAUCUGAGGUUGACCAAGGGGGAGGACGCGGAGGGGAGGAGGAAGAGUGCCAGGGCGCUGGGGAGGCCUGUGAGGAAGAGGAGGCGGGGUGGUGGUGGGAAGAAGAUGGAGAAGAAGAAUGAAGUUGUCGAGACCAGUUCUGAGGGGGAAUCUGGUGACGAAGGGGAUGGAGAUGUUGUCCCUGAUCCGCUUGGUGGUGACCGUGAUAGCGGUGAUGGUGAUGGUGAUGGCGAGGGAGAAGAAACUCAGUUGUCCGCCAUGGAGAGGGAGAUCCGGGAGGUGGAGGAUGACUUUGUGAGGAGGACGAACGCGUAUCGGGGCGCGGAGAACAGCGUCGGGGGCGUAUAUCAGCGGCGGUGGUACCUUUCGCUUGAUCGGGAGGCGUGCGGGUUUGAGAGGAGGAGUAUUGGGGGUAAGAGGGUUUGGGUUCUGAGGGACAGUGAUGGUGGUGGUGGUGAACUUCAUGGUCAAGAGAACGAACAAGGUGGCCGUAGAAAGAAAGACGAGGUUGAUGAGAGCGGGAGGCUGAGGUUCCCGUUCUACGUUCGAGGUCCCGACGUUGAGAGGAGUGUUGUGACGGGACGGAGAGGGGAUGAGGUUUUGAGAGAUGAGGGUGUUGAGGGGUUUGUGAGGAGGAAGGGGUGGAGGCCUGUGUUGAACUGA